GCGCUUUUUGCCACACGGCUACUAUCGUUUCUUUGGUUUCAUUUUUCGCUGCCCAUUGUGCUGCACAAGCUGCAACAUGGAUAUCUUUCCAAUCUGUUAGUGUCUUCUGAAGCUUUAAUUGUUGCUGAACUUUCUUUAACUCUUCACAAACCGCAGCAAACUGAUUUGCAUGUGCCAUUGAUUGAUGUAAGCGUCAAAAAUGAGCAGGAUAUGUUCCCAGGGUUUAUCUUCUGGGCGCCCUAUCUAACGGACCUCCCUGGGCCGUUAAUUCAUGACAUGAAUGGAGAGCUCGUAUGGAGUGGUUCAAAUGGUUCGACUACCGAUCUAUUUCAUGACCUUCAUAUCUGUUCAUAUGCCAACACCGAUCACCUCUGUUACUUCAAGGGAACGCAGAUUGGAGGAUAUGCUCGAGGCACUAAUUUAUUCUUGAAUGGCUCCUAUCAGCCUGCAGCAACUGUGCAGAGUGGGAACAAUUUGGAGAUAAGUGACAUGCAUGAACUCAAUGUUGUGGAUGAAGAAAGUGUCCUUAUUACAGUUUACCAGCCAAGAGCAUAUGAUUUGACAUCAUACGGAAUCCCGGCUGGUGAUGGAUGGGUUAUGGACGGUGUUUUCCAAGAAAUCGACAUCACCAGUGGAGAGGUGCUAUUUCAAUGGGCAUCAUUGGACCAUGUACCUCUAUCAGAGACUUACGUUCCUCUUCGGCUCAAUCCAAUUGUGGGUGACGGGUUGAGCAAUUCCACUCCUUGGGACUAUUUUCAUAUCAAUUCAGUGGAUAAGUCCGAUGCGGGGGAUUACUUGAUCUCCUCCAGACAUACCAGCACCAUCUACAAGAUUUCGGGCCAUGACGGAUCUUUGACCUGGCAACUAGGUGGUAAAAAGUCUUCCUUCGCAUUGGUGGACUACAACUUUUCGUCGCAACAUGAUGCGCGCUUCCUUGAAAUGAACGAAACUCACACCAUCUUAUCAUUCUUUGAUAAUGGAAGUGACGACUAUCGGAACACUUCAUCUACAUCAGCCGGGAUGAUCGUAUCUAUUGACCAUCGAAAAAAUACGUCAAAUGCCCUGGGGCGCUUUGAGGCUCCGGGUGAGGGCUUACUCUCAACUAGCCAGGGCAACAUGCAGGUUCUUCCUAAUGGAAACAUAUUCAUCGGUUGGGGGAGCAAUGCCUAUGUUUCUGAGCAUACCCCAAAUGGGGCAGUCGUCUAUUUCGCAGGUCUGAAAGACAAGAAUGCGAUGAACUACCGUGCAUUCAAGUGGAACUGGAAGUCCACUCCAUUCACACCUCCAAGCCUCUUUGCUCAAGCGUCCUCACCGAACGGUCAGGUCACGUUUUGGGCAAGUUGGAAUGGAGCCACUGAUUAUAACAGCUGGAAGUUCUAUGGAAGGAAAUCUGAAUCUGAUCCAAUGGAACUUGUGGCCUCUGUUCCACGGCAAGGUUUCCAGACCACUUUCACCAGUCCUCAAUUCUAUUCUUAUGCACUCGCAGAGGCAAUAUCAGGGGAUGGUUCCAGCUUAAGGAAUACUACAAUUGCUACUGUGGUACUAUCUUGA